AUGAAUGGAGUAGGUAUUCUAGUCGACGUGGAUCUUAGGGAGUGUAUGGUAGAGGUUAAGAGGAUCAGUAAUAGGAAGAUGUUUAUUAAGCUAGUUAUAGGCAGGCUUAUUGUGAGUGAUGUUAGUGCAUAUGCACCCCAUGUGGGUCUGGAUGAAGAAGUCAAAAGGCUCUUUUGGGAAGAUUUGGAUGAAAAAGUGAGAGGCUUUGGUUUUAGGAAAAUGAAUGGAGGCGAGGUUUCUCUCUUGGAGUUUGCCAAAGCUUUUGAGUUGGUUAUUGCUAAUUCGUGUUUUUUGAAAAAGGAUAAUCAAUUGGUCACCUUUAGUAGCAUGGUAUCUAGGACUCAGAUUGACUACGUACUCCUCCAAAAGGGUGAUAACGGCCUUUGUAAGGAUUGCAAGGUUAUUCCGAGUGAAAAUAUUGUCAUCCAACAUAAGCUUUUAGUGAUGGACUUAGAGAUUAAGAGGGAUAGGAGAAAGAAGACCCUUUAUGAUCGACCGAGGAUUAGAUGA